CGCCAUAUUAGGAAGAAGAGAAAGUUGUCCUGUUCAGUGUUCAUUGAAAAAUGUGGUCGAUUUAUGAAUUAUUCAAAGUGUUAGACUGUUCGUGAAAAUUGGAAAUCACGGACAUAACUCUUUUGAAAUGGUUCUAGGCGAGAAUACAGAAUCCAUGCCGGUGCAGGCAGUGGAUGAUGUUGAUGAUGUGAAAGUGUUGUGCAUUCUCCGUGAUAUGACAGAUGCCCAAAGAUGUCAGAAAGUCAACCUCAAUCAGCCGGCAUCCAUGACAGCCAAAGAAAUGAUAGAAGAUGUUGCCAAACACUACAACUAUGUUCCAGACACUUUUUUAUUAACUUAUGAAAGGCCUGUACCAGAUGGAAGGACAGAACAGGUAAUUUUAAAUGAAGUUGAAGGGUCAAGAUUGCGAGACAUUUGUGCUGAUGUUGGUAAUGGGAAGAAAAACAACUUCACUUUGAAUGAGAAAGAUGACACACCACCAAAGAGAAUUGAAGGUGAAAGUGGUGUAUCAACAAGUUUAGACAAUCUGAGUUUGGGAUAUUCUUCCUCAACCAGUUUAGACAACAAAGACAGUCAUACAAGCACGAACUAUGGUUCAACCACAAAUUAUUCAUCUAGCUAUUCCACAGACUAUUCUGCCUAUAGUUAUGCACUGAUUAAGUCUGACACAGGCUAUGUUGGAAUGGUGAACCAGGCCAUGACCUGUUACCUGAACAGUCUUAUCCAAACUCUCUAUAUGACACCAGAGUUUAGAAAUGCAGUUUACAGGUGGGAGAGUGAUGGGAAGGACCCAGCCAAGAACAUACCCUUUCAGCUUCAAAAGUUGUUUUUACAACUCCAGACUAGCAAGAGAAGAGCUAUAGAGACUACAGACCUAACAAAGAGCUUUGGCUGGGAUAGCAGUGAAGCCUGGCAGCAGCAUGAUGUUCAAGAGUUGUGCCGGGUGAUGUUUGAUGCUUUGGAAACCAAGUGGAAGAACACUGACCAAGCUGACCUUAUCAAUCACCUGUAUCAGGGCAAGUUGAAGGACUAUGUGAUGUGUAUGGAGUGUAAGAAUGAAAGUGCCAGAGUAGAUGCCUAUCUUGAUAUCCCCCUAGUUAUACGUCCCUUUGGCUCAACACAGGCAUAUGGCAGUGUGGAAGAGGCUCUGGAUGCCUUUGUCCAGUUUGAGACUUUAGAUGGUGCCAAUCAGUAUUUUUGUGAAAAAUGCAACAAGAAGUGUGAUGCUCACAAGGGGCUUAGGUUUGUUAGUUUCCCCUACCUGCUAACCUUACAACUAAAAAGAUUUGACUUCGACUACAGCACCAUGCACAGGAUAAAGCUCAAUGACAAGAUGACUUUCCCCGAGAUUCUGAACCUCAACCAUCUGGUGGAGACAGAGGAGGGGGCAGCCAAUCAUGUGGCAGAGGAGGGAGGUGAUGAGGAGAGCUCCAUGGCAGGGAGGGAUGAGGAGACCACAGUGGAGGAGGAGGGGGAGAGCGCCCCUGCCCAGACCAGGGAGAGCCCAGUGGGAGAGGAGGAGGCUGCACCAAAUGAAAAAGUGGAUGAAGGUAGUCCACAGGCCAACCGAAUAGAUGAGGGGAUUGAUGUGGACAGCACUGGUGUCAGUAGUGACCCGUCCAGCCUCUCUGAGGCCAUGGCCAAUGACCGGAAUGCAAGAGACCUUACUAAUGAUGGUCCCUAUGUCUAUGAGCUGUUCUCCAUUAUGAUCCACUCGGGAAGUGCAGCUGGAGGGCACUACUAUGCCUACAUAAAAAACCUGAAGGAUGGGCGCUGGUACAGUUUUAAUGAUCAGCAUGUCACAACUAUCACAUAUGAUGACAUUAAGAAGACAUAUGGAGGUUCUAGUGCUUCUAGGGGAUAUUAUUCUGCUGCUUACACCAGCUCCACCAAUGCGUACAUGUUGAUGUACAGGAAAAUUGACAAAAAGAACAAUGCAGACUUCAUCCAGGUGAGUGAGUUUCCUGAUCACCUGAAGAGGGAGCUGGAUGCAAUCAAGAACAAGGAGGAGACAGACAAGAAGAUGAAGGAGAUGGAGAAGUCCAUGUGCAAGAUCAAGUUGUUCUGUGUGCAUCCAGUGCAGAAGAAGCAGAUGGAGACCAAGCUAGAGGUCCACAAAGACAAAACAUUGAAGGAGGCCACAGAAAUGGCUUGGAAGUUAAUGGAGCUAGAGGAGUUAGUCCCACUUGACUGUGUCCGUUUGGUGAAGUAUGAUGAGUUCCACGACUCCCUGGAGAAGUCAUUUGAGGGGGAAGAGGACACCCCCAUGAGCACACUGCUGGGAGGGGUGAAGACAACUUAUAUGUUUGACUUGCUUUUGGAAACCAAGAGACCUGAUCAGGAGUUCCAAGCUUACAAACCUGGAGGUGUGACUGUGAAGGUAUAUCAGGUUCACCUCGAUACCGAGACCAUUGAUGCUCCCAUCAGUGUGAGAGCCUACCUCAACCAAACUGUCUCUGAGUUUAAGAACAUUGUAGCACAGGCUCUGGACAUCAAUGCCACCAAUAUGCGCUGUGUAUUUGAACGGUUCUACAGUGACUUGCGCUUCUUAGCUGUUCCCAACAAAACACUGAAGGCGGAGGGGUUUUUCAAAAGUAACAAGGUUUUUGUGGAGAGUGCUAGCUCACCAGAAGAACAAGAGGAUCCAUCCACUGUAUUUUCACAAUCCAAACUCUUCAAGAUUUUAGACCGCUAUGAAAAUACCAUAAGGCUGAAUAUUACCUUACCUACAGAGGCUGAAGUCCAAGCUUUGAAGAUGAUUCACUAUAACAAGCGCAGCAAUAUGGGCUACUUAAACAGCAAUGGGCUGCAGCAGUCCACAGCACUGGUACAAGAUGCAAUUGACAAACUCUCUGUGGAGGCAGAGGUGAGAGCAGUGGAGUCCUUGGAACCUCAGGACCUGGGGGAGGGGAUAGAGGAGGGCACUGAGGUCGAUGUAUAUGACAGAAUAGAGAGGACAAAAGAUUAUUGUAAACCCAAUGGGGAUAGCAGCUGUGCCUCUGACAGUGACAGCACGGCAGUCAAUGCCUCUGACGAAAUCAAUAACUAUAUCAAUGACACUGUGCACAAACAGUCCAGUAACACAGACUCAAAUACAGGAUCCUCCACCCCACAGUCACUGGAGACACAAACUGAUAGACCCUGUGAUGUGGCCUCUGAAGUGCAAUCUCCUGAGGAGAAUGUCAAGGACAUUACCUCUCAGAAAGAGGCCAGUGACUGCUGGGAUAUGGACGAGGCCAGCACGUUGCAGGAGAAUGGAGAGGAAGACGUCAAACGUUAUUUCCGUGCCACAUUACAAGUGAACAGUGAUACAGGAGCAAGAACUUUAGAAGUUGAUGUUGAUAAAAGAAUAACCCUUGGUGCUCUAAAAAGAGAAUUGGUAGCUUAUGUGGGGACAUCUUUGGAAAAUUUUAAGGUCUACAGGGUCUACUCCAAUAACCAGGAAUUUGAGAGUGUACGGCUUUCAGAGACUUUAAGCUCUUAUGGAGAUGACAGCAGACUAAAUAUCAAGCUAGGGAGAGCCUUAAAGAAGGGAGAAUAUCGGGCCAAGGUGUACCAGCUGUUGAUCAAUGAGACAGAACCUGUAAAACUGCUGUUUGAUGCUGUGUUUGCCAAAGGUAUGACAGUGCUGGAGUCCAAACAAAUUCUGCAGGAAGAGAUGAAGUUACAGCACAAUCUGGAAGUUCCCUUGGACAGAAUUCGCCUGCGUAAAAAGACUUGGCGCAACCCUGGCUCCAUAUUUCUUGAUGACCAAGUGUAUGAAGAUGAUAUUCCAAUCUAUGCCAACUGGGAGCUGUUUGUGGAGGUCUUAGAUGGCCCAGAGCAGUUGACCUCCUCAUCUCAGGUGUCUAUCUCUGUGAAGAGGUGGAGGCCAUCACAGUUCAAACUGGAUCCAUUUCAGGAGGUCAUCUUAAACUCUACUGCUGUCACAGAACUGAUACAGAAGCUCUCAGAAAUAAGUGGAAUCCCUGAAGAAAAUAUUGAGUUUGCCAAGGGCCGUGGUACGUUCCCCUGUGAGGUGUCCCUGCUGGAGAUCAACACUGACCUGGAGUGGAAUCCACAGGUGACAUCUCUCAAUGUCUGGCCACUGUAUAUCUGUGAUGAUGGAAGUGUUCUCUAUUACAGAGACAAAACUGAAGAACCUAUGGAGCUGACUGAAGAACUUCAGAAAGAAAUCAAACAGAAGGAAAGCAUAAGAACAAGACUAAACCAGCGAAUUAUGUACUCCCCAAGGAAGGAGAGAGCAUUAAAGAUUUACACUGAGGAAUCGUCGCCAACAUCAGUUACUAAAGACUCUGAACUAGACUAAAGGGAAGCAGGUGCCAAAGUGCGCUGCGUGUAAUAUCAUUACUAGACUACAGUACGUGAUUUUUAUGUGGGUCACGGCUGUUGGUCACCAAGGAUGACUGUCAUCCAUGGAUACUGGACAUAAGACAAUCAGUUCUGUCAUGGCCUACAAAACAUGAGAAAUGAACUGCAUGCUAAGAACAGAUUAUAGUCUAAGUUUAAGAAAAGAAAUUUUGACCAUAGUUAUUGUUCUGAGUGUUCUAGAGUUUUCCCCUGAAGAAACUCCUUUCUGCUUAAUGAGUAAGUUUUGGUGAAACAUUUAGGAAGAGAUUCUUCACAGAAGCUUUUGCUAGAUCUUGUUUUCCACAGAUGUCUCUAAUCUUUAAUAUUUUGUUUGAGGGGAGGGUCAAAUUUAAGAAGAAUUUUAAAUUCUAGUUCUGUUUAAAAACAACACGUCACUGUACUGAUUGUCUGCAGCAUGAGGUUAUGAUUGGGAGACAGAUUGUAUUGUAAUAAGGCAAAUUGCAUGUGGCUGGUCAUUUUAUUAAGAAUAGAUUAUACACAAAACAAAAAGUAACUUUUUUGGAAAUACUUUCAAUCAAGACUAACCAUCAUGUAGAAGAACCCUCGCAGUAACAUAAUUUAUGCUGUAAGGAUAAAAAUCCAGGUGAAACCAAAUCCUUGAAAAACAUGCUCAACACAUAUAUGCUGAAUGUUAUAGAUGGCUAAGCAAGGACAAAGAAGGGAAAUGUUAUAAAAUGGAAUGGUCUCUAAAUUAUAAAGAUAAAAGUGCAAGGUGACUCGAUUCAGACUAGUUGUGAAUUAUUCGGCUGUGCAUGCUUAUUUAUCAGGACCUGUAAUUAGGUCCAAUCCACUGGUGACACAUGUCAAGAGACACCAGUGCCCAUAAUAUUGUGAUUUUGUUAAUGAAGUGUUGGCUGUCAGCUGUGCAACAUACAAAUGAAGGAGUUUAGUCCAUCACUUCACCACCAUCAGUUUAGUGUCAAAAAUAGUAAAAUUUGUUUGGACAAUUGUAUAUAUAUAUAAAUAUAUGUAGUAGUUUUGUGCAAUCAAAUUUGAUAAUAAAAAACAAGCCAAAAUACUCCACCUGGUUAAAUUCCAUUGCUUAUUUAUUUUUUCGAUUCAAUACAUUGUUUGUUAACGUGAGACUCGUAGCAAAAAUUAGCUAAUGAAUGUUACAUUAAUGACUGCUGUUUAUAUAUGGUACAACCACAACAUCUGAGCAAGUUGAACCAGUUUCCUGUAAUAGGUCUAAUGUCAUCAAGAUACAAACCCUGAUGAACUGUUCUUUGUACAGCCUGAACUUGAUCUAAUGGUCCAGCAUGGUGUAUUGCAUGAAAAGUUUUAUUGGCAAGUGUGUAGCUUGCAUGUCUGUUAUACGCAUAAAAAUAGGAAAUAAA